AGCACUUCCGCCUCGAGCCGGAAGCUCUGUGGCUCACACCGUGGGUUCCUGAGCGUGGGGAUACGGAGAGUUUGCGUGGCCCGGCCGCGGCGGCAGUGAGAGUGAGCGGCGUCGACCCUUGCGUCCGAUGCGGCGAUGCUGACCCCGGCGUUCGACCUCAGCCAGGAGCCAGACUUCCUGACGAUCGCCAUCCGCGUGCCCUACGCUCGGGUGUCCGAGUUCGACGUAUACUUCGAGGGGUCCGACUUCAAGUUCUACGCAAAGCCAUACUUUCUCAGAUUAACCCUUCCUGGAAGAAUUGUAGAAAAUGGAAGCGAACAAGGGUCCUAUGAUGCAGAUAAAGGAAUUUUUACCAUUCGCCUGCCCAAAGAAACCCCUGGCCAGCAUUUUGAAGGACUGAAUAUGUUAACUGCUCUUCUGACACCAAGAAAAUCCAGAACGGCAAAACCACUUGUGGAAGAAUUAGGUGCUUCUGAGAUUCCUGAGGAAGUAGUUGACGAUGAAGACUUCGAUUGGGAAAUUGAGCAGACACCCUAUGAAGAGGUAUCAGAAAGUGCUUUGAAUCCGCAGUACCACUAUGGAUUUGGAAACUUGCGAUCAGGAGUAUUUCAGCGGUUACAGGAUGAAUUGAGUGAUGUUGUUGAUAUUAAGGAUCCAGAUUUCACCCCUGCUGUUGAACGAAGACAGAAGCGCCUGGCCGCUGAGCUGGCCAAGUUUGAUCCUGAUCAUUAUCUAGCUGACUUUUUUGAAGACGAGGCAGUUGAACAGAUUUUGCAGUAUAAUCCUUGGUGGACUGACAUAUAUUCAAAAAUGACGGCCUUUAUGGAAAAGAGUCAGGAGCAAGAAAAUCAUGCUGCAUUAGUGUCUUUUUCUGAAGAAGAGAAAUACCAGCUAAGAAAAUUUGUCAAUAAAUCUUAUCUGCUGGACAAGAGAGCCUGUCGUCAAGUGUACUACAGUUUGAUUGAUAUCCUUCUGGCAUAUUGCUAUGAAACCCGUGUCACUGAAGGAGAGAAGAACGUUGAAUCUGCAUGGAAUAUCAGGAAACUGAGUCCAACACUAUGCUGGUUUGAGACUUGGACUAAUGUUCAUGAUAUCCUGGUGUCUUUUGGAAGAAGGGUAUUGUGUUACCCACUCUAUCGCCAUUUCAAGCUGGUGAUGAAGGCCUACAGGGACACUAUAAAGAUAUUGCAGCUAGGUAAAAGUGCAGUUUUAAAGUGUCUCCUCGAUAUUUACAAAAUUUUUCAGGAAAACGACCCAGCAUACAUACUGAAUGAUCUCUACAUCUCCGACUACUGUGUGUGGAUUCAAAAAGUCAAAUCCAAAAAGUUGGCAGCUCUUGCAGAAGCCUUAAAGGAAGUCUCACUUACAAAGGCCCAGCUGGGGUUAGAACUGGAAGAACUAGAAGCAGCAGCACUUCUUGUCCAGGAGGAAGAGACUGCAUUAAAAGCAGCACAUUCAGUUUCUGGGCAGCAGAUACUUUCCUCCAGCUCUGAAGCAAGUGAUUCGGAGGACUCGGAUAGCACUGUGUCAUCUGGAAAUGAAGACUCAGACUCGGACUCAGAUUCAGACUCAGACUCAGACUCAGAACAAGAUGAACUCAAAGAUAGUCCAUCUGAGACAGUCAGUUCUUUGCAAGGUCCCUUUCUUGAAGAAAGCAGUGCCCUUCUUAUUGUUAAUGGUGAAGUAUGCAGAAACACAGCCAUCCAGGAGUCUGAUGUCGGUCAGGGAAGGCCACUUGCCUCUUCCCCGCCUCUUGGACCGUCUGGGCCUCUGAUAGAGGAGCUUGGGGAACAACUGAAGACCACAGUUCAGGUUUCUGAACCCAAGGGCACCACUGCUAUAAACCACAAUAUGCAGGAGAGAGACAGCCGUCAGACACCAAAUAAUUGACUCCUAAGUGGUUUUACUCAUUGUUGAGAAAUAUGUUAGAUUUGGUUUCAUUUACUGAAUGAGAAUUCCUCAUUUUCACUUUGUAAUUUUUCUUAGUAUAUACAGUCAGCCCACUGUAUUUAUGGAUUCCACAUCUGUGGAUUCAACCAACUGCAGAUCAAAAAUAUUUAAGAAAAAAUUACAUCUGUACCAAAUGUACAGAUUUUUUCUUUUUAUUCUCUAAAUAAUACAGUAUAACAAUUUCCACAGCAUUUACAUUGUAUUGGGUAAUAUAAGUAAUCUAGUGAUGAUUUAAAGUAUACAGGAGGAUGUGGGUAGGUUAUAUGCAAAUACUGCACCAUUUUUUAUCAGGGACUUGAGCAUCUGAGGAUUUUGGUAUCCUCAGGGGUCCUGGGACCAGCCCUUCACAGAUACUGGGAUGACUUUUUGACAUUGUUUUUCAGUCAGUGAAUGUUUAUACCUUUUGGUUUCCUUGCUGUAAAGAUAAAGUUCAAAAGUAUUUAUACCAAAGUGUAGUUACUAUUUCGAACUGAAAAUAAUACUUUUACUGCCAGUAUCUCCAGAAUGUAGAGCCCACUAAUAUUUUUAUUUUAGCUUUACUGAGGUAUACUUGACACCCGAUAAACUGCACAUAUCUAAAGUAUGUAUGUGUUGGCAUAAGUAUACCCCACGUAAAACUGUCACUGUGAUCGAGGUGAGGAAUAGGCCCAUCGUCCCCACGUGCACUCUUGCCCCAUUACUAGUUUGCAUGUCCUAGAAUUCUAUGUAAAUUGAAUCAUAUAACAUAUAUCCCUUUUUGGUCAGGCCUAUUUUACUCAGUGUAAUUAUUUUGAGAUUCAUCUGUGUGGUAGCAUGUGUUAUUGCUAAGUACUAGUUCAUUGAUUAGAUUUGUUCAUUGACAUAUCCAUGGACACCUGGGUUGUUUCCAGUUUGGGGCUGUUAAAAAUAAAGCUGUUACGAACAUUUUUAUACAA